AGCUGGGCAUCAACUACAAGAGCUGGCAGGUCGGGUCUCGCUUUCUGGGGACGAAGAUGAUCCCACCAGGCCUCCACUUCCUCCACUACCGCUCCUCCAACGCACCAGACCUUGGGGGUAAAACAGGCCCUAAAACAGGCCUCUGAAGCAGAGAGAUCAGGCUGGCCAACUGGGACCCCAAAGAGGAGGAUCUGGACAUCUGCCUCCCAGAAUGAAGAGGAGGUGGGCCGGGUCUGGGUGGACCUACAAGACCUGGACCCUUUC